AUGCUCAAUCGCUUCCUGUUUAGAUCUUCUUUCAUUGCAGUCUCCUGCGCAGCUAUCAAGCAUCCGUCUAGUAUCCGAGUGGCAUGUCGUAAUCAACAAGCACUUGUCCUUGUUGCAGCUGGAGCUUGGGUCUCUUUACACCCCUCCUUCUCUCGUUCCACUCAAUCAAAGUCAUCGACUCUUUCUUUCAUCAAUGCUCCUGUCCGAUGGUUUUCAUCCACUAACGCUUCUAAAUCCGACAAAUCUUUUGCCUCUUUGGCUGAACAAGUGCAAGCGGAGAUUGCUCUAAUCCACAAUGUGGUAGUAAACGCUCAUGUCAAGCAAGAACUCACUCAGCUGCGCAAAGAAGCCGCCGAUCCAAAGCUUUGGGACAAUCCUGCGAACGCUGCGUCGGUCGUGCAUCGACUAGCUGCAUUGGAAUCUCGGGAAACUCGAACUUGUGAAUUGCACCGCCGGUUUUUAGACACCAAGGAGCUGCAUGCAUUGGCAGCGGAGGAGAAGGAUGAUUCCGUGCUUUUGGAUUGUAUGAGUGCUAUGACUUUAGUGCGUACGGAUGCGCAGCAACUACGAUUGGAACUGUUGCUGUCACAUGAGAGUGAUGCUCGCUCAUGUUUCCUAGAGAUUCAAGCGGGUGCUGGCGGUACCGAUAGCUGCGACUGGACAGCGAUAUUGGCGAGAAUGUAUUCACGGUGGGGUGAAGCGCGUGGUUUCCAAGUGCAGCAUGUUGACGAAUCUGUGGGGGAUGAAGCGGGCUUUCGGUCUGUGGUAUUGCGGAUGGAAGGUGCAUACGCCUAUGGUUGGGCAAAGAAUGAGGCUGGUGUGCACCGACUUGUGCGCAUCUCGCCGUUUGACAGCGCUGGAAGGAGACACACGUCAUUUUCUCAAGUGCGCGUGUACCCCGUGGCUGGCGAAGGAUGUUUAAACGAGAAAGUCGACAUCUCAACCAAAAAUUUACGAAUUGACACGUUUCGGUCGUCGGGGCCUGGUGGUCAGCAUGUGAACUCGACAGAUAGUGCUAUCCGUAUCACACACUUGCCCACGGGAAUUGUGGUGCAGAGCCAAUCGGACCGAUCACAGCAUCGUAACAAGGCUGAAGCGCUGGCCAUGCUCCGAGCUAAGCUUUAUCAGCGUAAACUUGACGAAGACAUGCGUGUAAAACGGAAAUUUGUUCAAGGACUUGGAGACAAUGCCUGGGGCAACCAGAUUCGAUCUUACGUGCUGCAUCCGUACCAGCUAGUGAAAGAUCAUCGCACAAACUACGCAGAAGGCAACACCACCCAAGUACUCGAUGGUGACAUUGAUCAUUUUAUCGAGAAGAUGCUUCUGUACCAAGCCAGCGCUCAGUAG